ACUUUGCUACGUGUCUCCAGCCUAUAAUACCCGCCUGCAGCCGCUGGGUCUGCACUCUCCCGGCUCUACCGUCCUGCCUGCCGCAUCCAACCAGCAUGUCCCAAACGGGCCACAUAUUACGAUCCACAAAUGUGGUUUACCAGUCGCACCACGUCAGCAGGAGCAAAAGAGGGCAAGUUGUAGGCACCAGAGGCGGCUUCCGUGGCUGCACCGUGUGGCUGACAGGUCUUUCCGGAGCAGGUAAAACAACACUAGGCUUUGCUUUGGAGGAAUACCUGGUCACUCAUGCCAUCCCCUGCUACUCUCUCGAUGGCGACAACAUUCGCCAUGGGCUGAACAAGAACCUGGGCUUCUCUUCAGAGGACAGAGAGGAAAAUAUUCGGCGUAUUGCUGAGGUUGCCAAGCUGUUUGCAGACGCUGGUCUGGUCUGUAUCACCAGCUUCAUCUCUCCUUACACCAAGGAUCGGGAGGACGCAAGAAAGGUUCAUGAAUCUGCCGGCCUCCCAUUUUUUGAGAUCUUUGUUGAUGCCCCUCUGAAUAUCUGUGAAAGCCGAGACGUGAAGGGUUUGUACAAGAAGGCCAGAGCUGGAGAAAUUAAGGGAUUCACGGGAAUUGACUCUUUAUAUGAGAAGCCAGAGGCCCCCGAACUUGUGCUGAAGACUAACGUCCAUUCUGUGAAUGACUGUAUCCAGCAGAUUGUGGAGCUGUUGCAGGAACGGGCGAUUGUCCCAUCGGGAGCGACGAAAGAAGUCCAUGAACUGUUUGUUCCAGAGAACAAGUUGAAUGAGGUUAAGCGGGAAGCUGAGACUUUGCCGUCAGUAGGGAUCAAUAAGGUUGACCUGCAGUGGGUGCAAGUUCUGAGCGAAGGUUGGGCCACUCCCCUCAGGGGCUUCAUGCGCGAGAGCGAAUAUCUACAGGUUCUUCACUUCGACACUCUCUUAGAUGACUGGAACCAUAACUUAUACAGCAAGUUCAAUGGAGGAACCAUUAAUAUGAGUAUCCCCAUUGUGCUGCCCGUCUCCGCCGAGGACAAGGAGCGACUGGCCAACGUUGAUGCCAUUGCGCUCAAAUAUGAAGGCAAAAAUGUGGCGAUUUUGCGCAACCCGGAAUUCUUUGAGCACAGGAAGGAAGAGAGGUGUGCCCGGGUCUGGGGUACCACUUGCGCCAAGCACCCCCAUAUUAAGAUGAUAAUGGAAAGUGGUGAUUGGCUCGUUGGGGGAGACCUAGAAGUCCUGGAGAGGAUCAGAUGGGGGGAUGGUUUGGAUCAGUACCGCCUCACACCGCUGGAAUUAAAGCAGAGAGCAAAGGACAUGAAUGCAGAUGUUGUAUUCUGUUUCCAGCUGCGCAAUCCCGUGCAUAACGGACACGCAUUGCUCAUGCAGGACACCCGGCGCCACCUGCUGUCCAGGGGUUACAAGUGCCCCGUUCUCUUGCUUCAUCCCCUCGGGGGUUGGACAAAGGACGACGAUGUGCCUUUGGACUGGCGUAUGAAGCAGCACGAUGCUGUGCUGGAGGAGGGGGUCCUGGAUCCCAAGACCACCAUUGUGGCCAUCUUCCCAUCCCCAAUGCUCUAUGCCGGACCCACCGAGGUUCAGUGGCACUGCAGGGCCCGGAUGAUUGCGGGGUCCAACUUCUACAUUGUUGGCCGUGACCCAGCGGGAAUGCCUCACCCGGAGACCAAGCAGGAUCUGUAUGAAGUGACACACGGGGGCAAGGUGCUGAGCAUGGCCCCCGGCCUGACAUCUGUCGAGAUCAUUCCAUUCAGAGUCGCCGCGUACAAUAAAAAGAAUAAAGCCAUGGAGUUUUAUGACAAGGAAAGACACGAUGAGUUCGACUUCAUCUCCGGCACUCGAAUGAGGAAACUGGCCCGGGAAGGUCAGAACCCACCCGACGGCUUCAUGGCCCCCAAAGCCUGGAAAGUCCUAACUGAUUAUUACUGCUCCUUGGAGAAGAACUGUUGACUCUGAAGCCGCGCCGGAGAGAUUGUAGCCUCGUUAUUUUCUAACUAACAAUUAUUUUAUACGCCAAUUAGUACACAAAUCAAUUUUUAUCUUUGCAAUGCUUCUUUCAAUGGCUCUUUUUGUACUAAAUUGAAACGCGCCGGCUAGAUAUGGCGUUGGUGCCCAUAAAUCUCAGUACGUAGAUACAAUGUGCAAUGGAAUCUAAGGCAAAAGUAGGGUCGGACUGGGCCGGUGGGGCACCGGGAUAAAACCCAUUGGGCCCCAACCUUCAUGGGCCGACCCAGGCCUGCCCCCCCCAUGAUAACUGUGGGCGCCCGCGUUCCCCCUUCCAUGAUGCCCACAAGUAGGAAGUGCGGUACAUGGUGGGGGGUAAAGGGGACAUAGAAGCUUUGGACUGUGGUGAGGGCCCCCCGCUGGCAGCCCCGAUGAGUCCAACACUUAGCAAAAGUCAUAAAGUUCAUGUUCGACUGGGGAUACCUUAGCCGUGUCUCGCCCCAGAGCUUACGCUCACCUAUUAAUUGUAUUCAUGGUUAAAACAAAUCUCUUUAUAGGAGAUUAUAUGGAGCAUGAGGGGACUCCAGCUACCUAUAACUGCCCCGUGACGUGCCACAUCCUUCAGCGGGCACAGCACAACCAACCCCAAUGCAGCACAAUGCCAGUGCCUUCCAUGUUGGUACAUUCCAGAUGCAGCACAAUGCCAGUGCCUUCCAUGUUGGUACAUUCCAGAUGCAGCACAAUGCCAGUGCCUGCCAUGUUGGUACAUUCCAGAUGCAGCACAAACCCACCUCAACCCUGGGAAACAGGCAAAUGCCUUAUCAUAUUUAUUGUAGCGUCUUAAUUCUUACCCAGAUUUAUAUUUGUACAAUUAUAUAAUCCCUAGAACACAUGGGAAGAAUUACAUGGUAAUAGAAGAUAUUUUUUAAAAAAAAUGUAAUUUAAUCCUUUCAAACAGGGUAUUAUCAGGGGAAAUCACAUGGAAUAUUUAGGCCGCAGGACAUGGCAAUUUUUUCGUUUUGUUUUUACCCCAGUAAUAUGUGAAAAUGCUUUAAUAUGAGAUUUGUAUGUUUUUUAUCUUUGUGUGAAUUAUUUAAACCUCCUCAUAUGUAACGAUGGACCAAAUGUGCGCCCCAGUGCUCUUACUUGCCCUUUACUGUUCUGUCUGUGCCUUUCUGAAGGGGUUAAAUUGUAAAUGUCUUAAUUAAAUGUGGAAUUUUAGCCAAAAAUGGGUGCUACCACACACUUAUAUAGGGGUUGGCAACUUCCACCACAGGGGCAGGACUGGGGAAUAGGGGGGUCCUGGGACAGUAAGGAUGGAGCCCUUAUUAAUGGGAGGUUGCCCGUUCCGUAGUUAAUCAGCCAGCCAUGCACAGAGAUUCCCAUUCCUGCAGGGGGCGCUGCUACUGCCUAAUGCUGUAACAGAACUCUUGGGUGACCAUGAAGGAUAAUGCAGAACUGCUUGCUAUGUAUAGUAGUUUGAUUACACUUUCAUCAGAAUCAUUUUUGUAGCUGAUUUUUUAUUGUAAAGAAAUCUAUUUAUUAUGGACAAGACAGGACUCUUGUGUCUUUUUAAGAUAUUGAUACCUUUAUGCUUUAUAAUGUGCCCCCCUAUAGAUGUGAUACGAAUGCUCACAUUUCAUAUAGAAUAAAUAUUUCUGUAUUCAA